CACACUUGCACCACUUCAACACCUCAUGCCAGCUCGUGCUAUAGUUAUUUCAAUCAUACCACCUGACCGGGCGCAUGUUUCAAAAUGUGUGUGUCUCUGAGCUCGUAUAACUAACUGUUCGAGCCCUGAAACUCUUAACGAUAACGCGUUGUGGGUCCUUGUGGACUCCGGUGCCGAAAUUACGAUCACGCACGUGAGAACAGGUCACGGCGUUACGUCACAGCUUCUUGCAAACAAAGUCUAACGCUUUUGCGGCCUACUACGCUCUUCCAACCAGCAUCCGACACGUUCGUACCCCCAAUUACCACCCAUGAAAUCAGGAAGCCUACCGAAAAUAAUUAUCAAGCCUCGCGCACCACCACCGCCACCAGAACCAGAACCGGAGGAGCUCGUCGAAACGGAGAGCGACGGUGAAGCUGAAGUUGAAGUCGAGGGUGAGGGUGGAGACACCGAGGAAGCGGACAAUGAAGAAGGUGGCACAGAGGAUGCUCCAACACCAUCAAGCGAGAUCCGUGUCAUAAAACGAGGGCGGGGGCGACCGCGAGGAAGAGGACGGGGUGCUAGCGUUGCUGCUGUUCCUGCUCAGUCGACUCGGACUCGGGGAAGGGGGAGACCACGGGGGAGAGGCAGGCCGCCGCGUGGGGCGAUAACGAUUAAGCUGCCAAAGAGGGGUGAGGACGAUGUUGACGCUGGGACGGGUGGUGAAGGAGAAGGCGAAGACGAGGUUGAUACUGAAGUUGCUGAAGAAUCAAAGGGAAAAAUUGUUCCUCUGGGCGGGGGCAAGCCAUUUCGAAAAAUACAAGGACAGGUCUAUGUCAUUGAAGGCGAUGAGUUCGUCACACCCGACGACCCGAAAGGCGACGAGAAGAUUGAUAAAUGGGGGAAUCUCCUUGGAGGACGGAAAUUCAAGGCAAAUACAUUUAUUCUUCCCAAUCGUCAUGAUAAACGGCUCUACAUGCUCGCCAUCGACGCCGCACGAACGUCAGGCUUCCGAGAUUCCCUGUAUUACUUUCGCCGGAAUCCUCUCGCAUUCAAACUCAACGCGACACAGCCAGAAAAAGACUAUCUCAUUGGAGAAGGAAAACUUGGCUCACAUCUUCGCACGAGGAGCGUUACUCUCAUCACGGCGCGUAGCGCGUUCAAGCUCCAUGGAAGCAAGAUGGUAUUAGACGGCAGGUGGGUGACAGACGAUUAUUAUGAAGAAAAGACCCUUCAAGAGAUAGCCGAACGAGGGAUUAAAGCAGGCGACUUAGUCGGAGACCUUCCUGACCCAAACGCUCAAUCAGCUGAGACCGCGUCCCGGCCUGACCGCGCAAACCCCCAAGGUGGAGGCGGUGGUGGUGGAGGACUAGGAAUAUAUCGUGCUGGUGGGCCAACAACAAUAUUCGGCGGAAGCGGCUGGGGGCCAUUCAGUGACGGACCGUUAAACGCCGUCAGGAAAAGUCUCCUCAGCAGAGAUGGUGUGAAGGAAGAUAACUGGAUGUGGAUGAUGGCACAGCGGGUACGUGAAAGUGACGAGGAGCUAGCCAAGUGGAGACGGAACAGACUGAAGCUUGGUGGUGGAUUGGAAACGGUAAGGGAGGAGAAUGUUGAGCCUUUGAAGAAGAAGAGGAAAGUUUCGUCAGAUGAUCUCCUACCCUUGGGCGUGUACGAGCCUCAUACCGGGAAUGUUUGCUAUCGCUCGGAUACACAGCCAACGCGAAGUCGACUGGAAGUGGACCAUACAGUUAAACCCGUGCUUGGGGGAACCAAAGCCGGGAAUAUGGCCUGGGGCCUAGCCUGGGUCGAUACAAUCAUGGAACCUCGGAUAGAGGACGAGAACGCGCAUGAAAGAGAACGAUUACUGGAAGAGGUUGAUGAACAUAAUGUUUCUACUGCUAUGAUAGUUGAUUAACUUUUGACGUAUCGAUAAGUGCUGUCGUCGUUAAUUGGAUUCGCUGCCAUGAUUGGGGGCUGAUUUUUGUCGAAGAAACAUAUCGAAUGCGAGUUUUUAACAUUCUCGGUCUUGUCUAUAAUCGUGUCAUAUCCAAUGCCUGA